UUUUCAAAGAUCAGUGGUUGUCUGUGACUGGAAUCUAAUGUUGGCAAUACAUGAGAGGCACAAACUGGGGCUAACUAUUGCCUAAAAUGUCAUUGUAUGCUGUAGCAUUAAAAUAAUCCUUAACCGAAUCCACCAAAAGUACACAAACGUAUAUGGGACGGGGUGUCCACAUACUUUUUGCCAUUUAGUCUAACUACAGCGCCUCGUACGCACUCUCCCUCUCGUAACCUCAAAGUUUCCGACAGCCAUUGAAGGCAGCAUCGGUCUCGCUCCACUGCGCAGUCUCUGAACACUUUUAGGCGAGCUGCAACUUCACCGGGAGCCUCGCGCACCCCGCCGCCUGUCGCCCACAACAGCCCGCAUCAUCAUCAUCAUCAUCAUCAUCAUCACUACCAUCAUCAUCCUCAUCAUCAGCAUCAGCAGCAUCAGUGUGAUGAAGCAGCGGAGGACGGAGACCUUCCUGCUCUGAGACACUGGAUCAGCCCGCAGACAGGAUGGCUGAGGUGAUGAACUCUCUGGAGCCAGGUACGGAGGACUUUAGUGGGGGUGGAGCGGCAGCAGAUCAGGACGCAAUCUUCCCAGAUACCCAUGAAAGGUAUCCAAAGUUGUCCAAGAGGCUUCCCUCCAUAGUGGUCGAGCCGACAGACGGAGCCGAGGUGGAGAGUGGCGAGCUCCGCUGGCCGCCGGACGAGCCGAGCUCUCCGGACGCCCAAACUGAGAGACAGAGUGCAGAGGAACAAACUGCAGAUGAGGAACAGUCGAAUGUCGGCGUGGAUGAAGAGGCUUCAGAGGCGGAGAUGCAGGAUUCCAACUGAACAAACUCUUCUCCUGCAUAAUCCACUGUUACUGUGAGUGUCCAGACUUGGAUGAUGAUAGUCCACUAGAAGAGCACAUUGCAUGGAUAGAAACAUUACGCAGAGAGAGGAGGAAGGGUAGAAAACCAGAUUCCCAAACCCCAGCUCACGGGCUUGGAGCCAGAGUCGUGCUGCCACUUCCUUAAAUAAAUGUACAGAAGGUGUUUUUUUUUUUCUUUUCAUGUACUCAUCUACGCUGAUGAUGGAGCUUGUUCUGACACAUGUAAGCUAAUGAAGAUGAUUGAAGGGACCAAGUUGCUGUCUUGACCCUUUUUUCCCCCCAGUUUGUACUUUGCCUUUUGGCUAUUUUCUUUUCAUGCGAAGCUGUCUGCCUGGAAAUGAACAAAAGAUACUUUAACUCUUAGCAUGUCAGAAUAAUCUCCAGUUUACGUGUCUGAGGUUUUGCCCGUCGUAUAUGACUGUUUCCAGCUUUGUGAUUUUGAUAUAAAUACAGAUUUUUAAUUUGAUUAAUUAAAUUUUCUCUCUCUGGCUCCAAGCCCUCACCGUCCAGAUGCCCACGAUAUUUAAUCUGAUAUCUGGACAGAUGUUUCUAAAUGCUGUCUUAAGUAUUUAGCUCAUGUGUGCCAUACUACUACUACUACUAAUGGUAGCUACUAUAUUUUGUGCACAGUUUUUACAUUUACUCUAGAUGUAAAUUACAUCACUGUGUGUUAAGUGCUGACUGCUGUAGUUUUGGUGAUCUUGGUCUCACUAUUCACUUUGUAAUAAUAGCUACGAUGUUUUAAAGAACAGUAUUUGAUUAAAAAAGCCUUCAUCACUUAUUCGAUGUUAUUACGAUACAUUCUUUAAUAUAUAAUAUGUAAGCAUUGUCUUCAUACAGUAGGUGUUAAAGGGAAUGUAAUCGUGUUUUGUUUUACUUAAAAUUUAUUGGAGCAAUAUGUUCACAGGAAUUUAAAGGCAGUCCAUUUUGUUACAGACUACAGAAGUAAAAAUAACCAGUAUAUUUUAGAUGUGUGUUGCUUGUCACAGACAUGAUAUUUUUUAAAAUACUGGAAGCCUAAAUUAUUGCACAAGUAAUAAACCUUUUCAAAAAUUCUUAAAACGUUCUUUAA